AUGAGCUUGUUCAAGACCUGGACUGGUCAAUCGCAAAGAUCGCAACUCUCUCAGCAAUCCAACCACGGCCCGCAGGAGGCGCCAUCACCAGCACACAAUCAGACAACAUCACCAUCACCACCACAACCGCAGCGAUAUUCGUCCUUCAGAAAUGACUUGUAUCAAGUCACCAGCAACCGCUCCAAUGCAGAUCCUUUCGCAGGCCAUCUGAACCACCUAACACCAUACCAGGAAAGCCAGCUUGAAAAGUUCAAGUCAAUUCUUCAUCAGCAGGGUCUCUACCGGCCGGCCAGCCAGGAUCAACCCGCAAGUCACGAUGACCCGACAGUCUUACGUUACCUUCGAGCACGGAAGUUUGACAUCAAUGGCGCAUAUGCGCAGUUCCGUGAUACAGAGAAAUGGUCAAAGGAGAACAAGAUAACAGAACUCUACGAGAACUUUGAUGUUCAAUUCUACGAGAAAGCUCGGCGAAUGUAUCCGCAAUGGACUGGGCAUCGAGACAAGCGUGGCAUACCGGUCUAUGUCUACGUUAUCAAGCAUCUCGAUUCGAAAAAUGUGAAUACUUAUGCGAAAGAAACAGCUGCCUACAAAGCAAAACUACCUUACCAUUCUUCUCUUAGUACACCUGCGAAGAUGCUUCCCCUUUUCGCCCUCUACGAAAAUUUACUUCGCUUUACAAUACCCCUCUGCUCGAGCUUGGAAGGAAGACCGAAUCCGGAAGUCCCCAUCACCAACAGCAAUAACAUAGUCGAUAUAUCUGGCGUUGGAUUGAAGCAAUUUUGGAAUUUGAAGAGUCACAUGCAAGAAUCUAGUGUUUUGGCAACUGCACAUUAUCCAGAAACCUUGGAUAGAAUCUUUAUUAUCGGCGCCCCAUCCUUCUUUCCUACAGUCUGGGGUUGGAUUAAGCGAUGGUUCGACCCUGUCACCGUGAAUAAAAUCUUCAUUCUCGGCCAUCAUGAAGUCAAGGCCCGGCUAUCCGAAUACAUCCAUCCAGACGACUUUCCCAAGAAGUAUGGUGGUAACCUCGAUUGGGAUAUCGGCAUGGAUCCUCAUCUGGACCAAGUGACAAGGGAGGCAGUGGAAAGGAACGGUGGUAAAGGAUGGAUUGGAGGUCCUUGCCUAUGGGAACAAAAUCAACGAGUCCCUGUCGGCACUGUGAAUGGAAAGCCUAGAAGGCCUGCAAAAUUGGAGCCUGUAGCUGCCCCAGCUAAAGUAGAGAGUACUAUUGCUCCAGCGCCGUCAACAAUCGAGCCAGCACCUCUCCCUGUCGAAACACCAAGCACUGUUGUUCCACCACUAUCGUCAACCACCAUAAUCUCAGCAGAAGCCGCACAAGCUCCACCCCCUUCGCUAAACCCAGCUCAAGCCGAACCCUUAGAUUCCAGCAACCCGCCUUCAAUGACACACUCAAGAAGCACAGCAUCAACGUUCAUCACCACGCCACCAGCAGAGACAACAACCGCUGUACCUCCAACGGCCAUAAAUGGCACUACUAAGCCGCCGGAAGAGUCCGAAAGCCUUGUCGUUGCCAAUGGCGAAGUUCUCCCUGCCGGUACGGGCAAGCCGCCAAUGGAGCGGUUCGUCACCGCGGCUGAAGAUCUAAGUACGCUGCGGACGCCGGUCAAUAGCGUUUCCUGA